AUGAGCGACCAGAUCAACUUUGAACUUUGCCCCGUCUAUGCGCCGUUUUUCGGUGCUAUGGGUGUGACGGCUGCCAUUGUCUUCACUUGUCUCGGCGCCAGUUACGGUACCGCCAAGUCGGGUGUUGGUAUCUCGGCCAUGGGUGUCCUGCGCCCUGAUCUCCUGAUCAAGUGUAUCAUUCCCGUCGUUAUGGCUGGUAUCAUUGCUAUCUACGGUCUCGUGGUCAGUGUGCUUGUCGCCGGUGACAUCAAGUCGCCCAUGUCGCUCUACGCCGGUUUCAUCCAGCUCGGUGCGGGUCUCUCGGUCGGCCUCGCCGGUCUUGCUGCCGGCUUCGCAAUUGGCAUUGUCGGUGAUGCUGGUGUGCGCGGUACUGCGCAGCAGCCCCGUCUGUACAUUGGUAUGAUCCUUAUCCUCAUUUUCGCCGAGGUACUGGGUCUCUACGGGCUGAUUGUUGCGCUGAUUCUCAACACCCGCGUUUCGGAGGCGCCUAGCUGCAUGCUCAAGUAA